UGGACCGCAGUCCAAUGUUCACAAUUCUCGUGUUUAUACAUGUAGAAAAACAGCUUGUUAAGAUCCUGAUUAGUAGAUAAGUAGUGACUAUAUCUACGAAGGAUAUCUAGUGUGUUUCUUUAUUUUUAUCUUUUCACCUGAUCGAGAUGUCUGAAAAUUCCAUUCUGAUGGCGCUGGUUUUGCCGGCUGUGUUUUCUCCGUGGACGAAAUGUCGUUACUAUUGCUUCAUGGAGCCGAACAGGAAUUUUCUCCAAUUUUUUACCACAAAGUUGACUCUAAUUUAGUCUGGUUCACUAAUUCUUCUCACGUUUAGACUUGAGAUUGUCAUGUUUUUUUAUUAACAAUGAAUGUCACUAUUCAUCCGCUGACAGCUAAUCCUACAGCUGCAUGGCGCGAAUUGUCACAGCAGCAAAAAGUCAUUAAAAUCAAUGCUAAGCCGCCCACCACUAAAGCACCAAUUGAUAAGCUUCGUGUGGUUUGCAUGAGUGAUACUCAUUCCCUUACACCAUUUAUAAAAUUUGAUAUACCUGCUGGCGAUAUAUUUAUUCAUGCUGGAGACUUCACUAAAUGUGGUAGCCUGCAUGAGGUUGUAGAAUUUAAUAAUUGGAUUGGCAAUCUUCCGUACAAACAUAAGAUUGCGAUUGCUGGUAAUCAUGAAUUGAGCUUCGAUCCAACAUUUACUCAUCCUUUCUCAGCUAAUCCAAGCUCAGACCGGCACAAACAUACUGGGACCAGUAUUUUAGAUAAUAUACCAACACUGGGAAUGUCCAAAGAUACACUCGCCGAGGCAAUUCAAACUACCAACGUGAAGGAUUACUUAACAAAUUGUAUCUAUUUAGAAGAUUCUGAAAUUGUUUUGUAUGGAAUUAAGAUUUAUGGGACACCAUGGCAACCAGAGUUCUGUAAAUGGGCGUUUAAUGUGCCACGUGGAGAACCGUGUCUCUCUAAAUGGGAAAUGAUCCCCUCCGACACAGAUAUUCUAGUAACCCAUACACCUCCUGUUGGUCACGGUGAUUUGUGCUGCAAUGGUGUAAGAGCUGGAUGCGUAGAAUUAUUAUCCACUGUGCAAAACCGUGUCAAACCAAAGUACCAUGUAUUCGGACACGUACACGAAGGAUAUGGCAUAUCUUCAGAUGGCAAAAUCAUAUAUAUAAAUGCCUCUACAUGUGAUUUGAACUACUUGCCAAGUAACCCACCAAUUGUAUUUGAUAUAACAUUACCACCAGGUGUAAGUAAAUCAUAAUUGACGAAAAGAAUUGUUAACAUCCAAGAGCGUAAUGAAGAAGUGGUUGAUAGUGUCAUACUGAUAUUCUGAUUACUUAAUGUUUAAAUCUGGUGAUUAACUUUAAAGCAAUGACAAAAAAUACUUUUUCACUGACUCUAGUCAACAGGCAAAUUACAUAGAUCUCUUCCACCAUGCUAUUAAAUAUAAUUUUAGUACGAUACCACAGUAGGGAAUCUAGAUAGAGAGUAUAAUUCAACAAUUACGCUUCGUCAUGUAGAUUUGUAUAUUAUUUAUUUUUUUACUAUACUUUUAUAUAGCAUAGUCCUGUAAUAUAUUAAAUUAUUAGAGUUCUCUGUAGUAACCUUGUGCAUUCUUAGAUAUAUGUAAAAUAUAAUAAUCAGCAAUUCGUCAUGACCAAGAUAGCUUAAAAUCUGGAGUGUCUAAUUAAAGCAGACUAAACAUGCCAUAAUCAUUAUUUAUUUCAGACUUACAUUAAGCAACGUCGCAAAAACCGUAUACAAUUAUCAUUAUAGAAUCGCCCUGUAUGUCAAUCAAUGUGAAACUGUAGUAAAAGCUCACAUCACACAUUUUUCAAUAAAAUAGUUUAAUAAUA